AUGAUCCCACGUGCCUUUCUGUUUUUUUUUCCAGCGAGUGUUCUCACAUUUACCCCGUCCCCAGCCCAAAAGCACCUAAAAACAACCAGUCUUGAUCCCAGCACCUUGCAGGGUCCAAGUCCACCGCAUUGUCACCUGACCAAGCCGCCCGCGCUGACCUGUCCUGACCGAAGCUGUUUGUCUAACGAUCCGGAUGCGGUACUGAACCCAUCUUCCACCAGGGGAAUCAUGCCCUGGAUGCAUCUUGUCACCUAUGCCGCUUUCAGCGCCCUCCUUUGCGCUGCCGAAGAGUCCGCAGCCGUAAGCACUGUGUCAGAAGAAGAGGCCUGCGAUGUGCAACUCCUUCAAGUGAGCCAAUCGCUGGAGGAGUCUCGUUUGUCCAGCCUGACUUGGAAGGGCUUCUUUGUGAAUUUCCUGAACGCCAUGGGCGAGGCGGAGUCCGAUGCCAUCCUGGCACCCGCAGCCACCGCGGCGGCCGCGGUCCGCGAGCUGCGGGCCGCUGAGGCGGCGCGGGGCGGGCUGCCGCCGCUGCCGGCAGAAUCGCUGGCGCAGACCAAGGUCUCUAGCCAGACGAGCGAAGUCACCGCGACGACCAUUUGUGUGAUCAUCGGUGCGGUACCUCCGGAGCAAAGGCGUCGAGGUGGUAUACGGGAAAUGGAUGAGUUCAGUGUGUGUGUGUGUUUUUGUUUAACUCGGGUUUUUUGUUUUGAUUUGAUGGGUGGUGAACACUACGUAGACACAGGUAGACUCCAGUAGACCAUUCUCAGUUUUGGUGCGUUCCGGGGGGGUUGAGCCAUCUCGAAUUGAUCGUUUGGCUUGAGUAUUUUUUGGUCCACAUUUUAAUGCUCCCUUUGGGUCCAGGCUGAGGAGUCUUCGGGUAGAGGGUAGGUAACUAUAGGGUCUGGCAUCCGUCCUUCUUCUCACACGCAGGUGUUGGUGCUGCCAUUCUUUUUUUUGAACACUCUGAUAUUGAGGCCUUGCCACCUAAGUGGGCAACGAUAGCAGUUGCUCUUUGACAUGGUCAGAUUCGGACUUAUGGUUUCAUACUCUAUAGAGUAGUUACAGUAUGCACACAGUAUUGCUGUAUAGCUGCGGGGUAAAACUCUGUAGCCUCUGUGCAUACCUGCACCUUAGUUUAUAGAAUCGCGUAUAUAGCACCUGUGUUUUUGCGGACCUAGGGUUUAAGCACUAUUUGGACUUUCGUAGGGUUUUUCGUUUUUUGUGGUUUUGAAGGGUUGCGAGUGUAUAUUUUCAAUGCUGAAGACUGAUGUUUUCUUGAGCCAAAGGUGGACACCCGCAAAAGGGUGCAAUUGGAAAGAAACGUGGCAAACCACCCAACAGUGAGUUGGAUAUGGGAGGGCUCCAUGCACCUUUUUUGAAGGGAUUGUAGUAGAGCGUUUUGCUUGAAUGAGCACUUGAAAUUUUGUUUUGUUUUGGUAGCAAAGGACGAAGGAAGCUUCAGGUAGUUCUGAUACACAUCCAAGAAGCUUGUAUGGGAGGCUGAGUGGGAGGCUCAUAAUGUGCGAGUUGAUGCGAGUUGCGUGAGAUGAUUGUUUGCAAUAUUUAUUCCUUUCUUUUUGGUUUGCGCCGUUGAUUGCUGCAUGUCAGGCUGUUUGCUGGUGAUGUAGGAGUGCGACUUGCGGAAUUGGUGGGAUUUGAUCUUUGGAGCUGGCCACCAAAAAAGGACCUUCGAGUGCUUAAGGCAGCUUUCAGAUGUUCCUUUAUUGAUAAAUAUUGAGUAGUUUCAGCAUGAUCUGGUGCUGUUUCCUUCCAUACUCUUUCAAAACGGCAAACACAAAAGUCAUCAAAUGUUAAAGGCUCCAGAACAUGACCAGACGUCCAAACAUCUCAACCAGACGUCGUAAUGCAUCGGUUCGUAGAUCCCCACGUCUUCUACAUGUAGACAGGACACCGUCUCUAUCUAUUUGGGGAUCACGGGAUCGUUACCCGAGGUCCUGCUGGCUGUGGUGGUUUGCUUGAUCUUCAGCUGUUUCAAGCCUAGCACCAGCUAUGAGGACUACAACAAGCUGGAUAGUCAAGGUGCGGCCUCCUCCUCGCUCGAUCGGGCGAUGAGGAAGGAUUGCUGCUGAGUGAAACCGGAGUAAGGAAGGUUUGGCUUCCGAUCAGUGAAUGAGCAGUGUGUUGCUUUAGCCGUCCUUUUC